UUCAGUCCCCCUUGGCUCGGUCCAAGGUGCACCUGCCCUCUCCUGUCAAGAGAUCAACGAAGUGGAAAAGGAUUCAGCCAGUGGGCGGUACUGGCUGGAACCCAGGCCCCCAAAUAAAGCGGCAGAAGUAUUUUGCAACAUGACCACCCAAGAAGCCACUGAGUGCUACAACAGCCCUUGUAUGAAUGGAGGGGAAUGCAUUAUUGUUCCACACCCCAAGAUCUUUCGAUGCGCCUGUCCCAGCGGAUACACUGGUGAAUAUUGUGAAACAGUCACAGAAAGCGAGUGCUCCAGUUACAUUCAACUCAAGGAAAGUGAUCGCCACCCCUCUGUGAACAGCUCAAGCCGAUGCGAUAAAAAUCUUCUUCGAUUUCCUGCAUGGUACCGAAUAUCCGAGAAUGCUGGUUCCAUAGUAACCAAUCGCUGCGUUAGUCGGGGUUCCUGUGGUUCAAAGUAUCCCGGAUGGAUGAAUGGAACAAUGCCCGGAGAGCAUGACGGGAUUGUUCCUCGCACUAUUUGUUUCCAUAAGUUAUCUUGCUGUGAUGACCCGGUUCGCGUCGUAGUGAAAAACUGCGGCUCGUUCUUUGUUUAUCAUUUAGUCUCGUUACCUAAUUGCGAUUUUGGCUACUGUGGAGGGAGUUAGAAAUUGUCUUUGUCUGAUGACAUUUUGGUAUGACAUCUUUAUACAUCUAUUAAAAAUAAGGUUGGAAA